AUGUAUUUUAAUGCUCUGUCCAUAUUUUGGAUGUUCUCAUCAGUCUUAAUAAUUGUUCUGCAUAAUUUACUGCCACGUAAGUCAGAGCUCUCAAAGUUGUCUAAUGGAAACAACAGCUUGCGAGGAUUCUUAAAGAUACUUUUAUGGAAGUUGUACGUGUUUGGGAAAUUGAAAGACAGUCAACACGAUUGGGACCACAUUGCUAAUGGGGAUGAAAGUAAUUCUACAAGAACACACGCAUCUUUAAGACACCAGCAAUUGGCUGGCACCAGUAAGCAAAACAUCUUGUUGAAAGUUACUGCGAUACCUAAGAGUUGGUUCACCCAUUUCUACUUGGUGGGAGCAUUAGUUCACUUUGCUGUGUUCAGCACCCUCAUUUAUGUUUUGCUAGGCAAUCCUUUUCCUGCUGCAUUAAGAUGGCUGAUCAACCUGAUUAAUUUGAACAUAGAGGCAAAUGAUCUAGACGACAAAGCCUGGCCCGUGCUGAUAGUGUUCACACUGGAGUUUCUGCAGAUGUUGAGAAGGCUUUAUGAAUGUGUUUUUGUUAGCACUUUUUCAAAAGGGACAAUGAGCUUUGUGCAUUACUUUCUGGGCAUGUUCCUGUACAGUUCAUUUGGGAUAGGGCUCCUAGCAUCGGUGAAGCUGGACAAAUUAGUUUUUGCAUAUCCAAGUUUGGAAGAGAUUGUCUACAGUUUUCUGGGUAUCUCUUUGUUUGUGUGGGGUUCCUACUACCAGCAUAAGAGUAUGCUCACUUUUGCUUCACUGAGGAAGGAUAAGACAGAUCACAAGGCAGAUGAACACUACAUUCCCCAGGGACACUUGUUUGAAAUAGUAUCAUGUCCGCAUUAUCUUUGUGAAAUUCUGAUAUAUUUUGGCUUUUGUCUUGUCUUUAGAUUUAUAAAUAUUUACUUGUUAAUCGUUGCCUUCUUUGUAUUGACCAACCAGAUGUGUUGCGGUAUUGCUGUACAUGCAUGGUACCAAGAGCAUUUCUCAGGAUAUCCUAUGACCAGAAAAGCUGUUAUCCCUUACAUUUUGUGA